AUGGGUCAAAUUUUAUCUCUCAUUGGAGUGCCUGGUUACCUGCAGUUUAUCUUGUCUACCAUCUUUCCAUCUCUUUUGCUCAUCACUCAGCUUUAUCAUAUCUGUUAUGUUGUCAAUAAGCAGCGCGAUGAUACCAUACAUGAGAUGAUAAGACUGCACCAGAAAAACUACUUUGAAAGCCUUGAGGAUGUCUACAAGAGAUUAGAGAGCCUUGACAAUGACAAGAAGAACCUGCUGGUUACUCUGGAAGAUCAAAAGAGGCUCUCGGAAGAAACAUUCAAGCAAGAAAUGGCUUUUGUUCAUGAUGCCAUGAGACAAAAUGAGUAUCAGCUCAGGGUUGCCAAUGCUGCGCUGGACAAAACCACUGCCAAAAUGAACGCUGCUUACGAUAGCUUCAAUGAAAACAGCCGCAAAGUGAACAACGAAAUCCGUAAUUUGGUUGCAACCGACAACAUCUUGAUUGAAAAGGUCAGUCGUCUUCAACUUGCCAGCAGAGGCUAUGUUCCAGCCAGCAUCAAGAAGGCGUGUCAACCAUUCAACUUCACCAAGAGGCCUACCACUCAAGCAGCCACUAGUAAAAGAAAAAACUCCAUGUUACAAGCGCAAGUCCUAGAGUUGAAUGCCCAUGUGGACAGAUUGAACAAAAUGGUGUAUGGCCAAGCUCCUGCUGUUCAACAAGCUCCCCCCUCGGUUGGCACUAGUAGCUCUUCUGUCUCGGUUGGUGCCAGUACCUCUGCCUCCAUUCAUGUCAAUGUCCCUAGCAGCUCAUCUACAAGGUCCAAGUUCAGAAAGUCCAUCCGUAGAGGCUAUGAUCGUAUGGUGAAUAUGAACAAAAGAGAUAGCUUGGCCAGAAUGGUGUUUACUUUGAGAAACAAUCUUAAACCUCGACAAAAUCAGAGCAGCAACAAUGAUAUUUCAGAUGCCAGCGCGAGUAACAGCAACGAAACAACUAGUGCUUCGUCCGCAUCAACUACCACUGUAAGCACGUCUACUCUGGAAUCUAGGAUUGACUCUCUUCAUCUUGCAUUUAACAAUCAACUGAAAGAUAUACAGACCAAAAUUGAUCAACUGGCCAGCAAAAUCAAGAAAUCAAAGCACCCACAAGAUACCACAAAUGCCCACCCUCAUGCUCCUGGAUACAUCAACAGCAGCAGCGGCACUAAUCAACAACAACAUGGAGACACUGCUUCACUGGAUCUGCAAGUCGCCAUUCUUCGAGAUCAAGUUACUGACUUCCAUAAAGAGUUUAUCAACAUGGGGAAGGACUGCAAGAAGAGCAUGGAAUCUUUGCACAACGACGUUGCAGCUGUUAGCAUCAAGCAAAAGGAACUGGAUAUUGAAAAUCGCUCUCGGUGGCUUGCUUACGAUGAAUUUCGCCAUGACACUCGAGACAAGUUGGCAGAAAUCUUUAGCCGCUAUGAAGCAACCACUGCUUUUCAAAUGAAGAAGAUGGCUGAUGUUACCAAGUACUCUGAAGGCAACAUUCAAUUGCUCCAUGACACUACCAAGAGGCACCAAGGCUCGCUGGCUUCACUUGCAAACACACUGGAGCAGCUGAAGCAGGAAAUCAACGAGGCUAUACCUUCUGUUAAAUCAAAAGCAACAACAACAACAACAGGUGUGGUAUUGCAUAAAACGCAGCAAAGAGACGAUCAACGUUUAAUGGUGUCAUCUGCUGCCAAGUUUAUCAACCACAUGGAAGGCGCUCUCAAGUCUGAUAAAGCUAUCCUGGACCACAACAGCAAAAAACUUCGUGCUCUUCAACACAAACUCGAGUCAUCAAGAGAGGUAAAAAAUCUCAAGGUCCAACGUGAGCUUGUAGACAGAGAAUUCGACAAGACCAUGCAACAGAUUACAAUGAUCAAGAAAAGAAUAGAGCCUGAAUUUGAGAAUCCUCCACCUUUACAUCAAAAUGGCGAAUCCAACACAGAUGUCAAUCAAAGAAGAGAUCAAUUCUUGAGAUAG